AUGGCUUGCAAGAUCUUCUGUCUUAUUAUGUUGAGCUCCAUCAUCGCGGUGGCUUUAGCUGCCCCGGCUGAAGUCUCACUAGAAAAAGACACAGCUUUAGAGAAAGACUUGACUUCCGAAAAAGAUGACUUACAACCUGCCGCGUCCAAUUGGGGUGGUCACUAUGGGGGUUGGGGUCAUUAUGGAGGCUUUGGUGGCUACGGGUACUACCCCCAUUAUGGGUACUAUGGCUGGCCUAGUUAUGGAUGGUAUGGCCAUGGAUCGCCUUACGGACAUGGCUAUUGGUGGUAA